AUGCCAACUCCCCCCACAGACGUAGCCAACCUCUACAACAUUCUCGGCGCUGGUGAGCUCUCACGCCUCGACACCCACCCUGUAGAGCUCCUCGUGACUCUCCGCACAAUCAACGAAGCCCUUCCCCUUACACCCCAGCGGAUUGCCGACGUUGGAGGUGGUCCCGGAAAAUAUGCAUUUGCCCUCGCGGAUCAAGGACAUUUAGUCGAUCUUGUUGAUCUUAGUCCUGGGCUAAUCCAACUUGCUCAAAUCGAACAGGACAAGCGUAAGGCUGCUGGGAAGGAAAAUCUUCUUCAAAGCCUUUCAGUUGGAAACGUGCUAGACCCGACUAUUCUACAGCAUGGUAUCUACGAUGCUGUACUGCUCUUGGGACCCCUGUAUCACUUAGUAGAGGACUCGGAACGAGUAACAGCUGUCGCCAAUGCUGCGCGGCUGGCGAAGCCCAAUGGCGUACUUUUUGUAGCUUUCAUAAGCAUUGCGGCGCAUCUGAGAGAUAUUGCGAUGAGAGAGCCAGAGAGACUCAUUACAGACAAGGAAUUCUACGCCAAAUAUCUUCAGGACGGUCGAUAUGAGAAAUUCAAGCCUGGAAUCGGCAACGUCCACGGCUUUCACACGCAAGUGGGCAAUGUCAAAUUUUUUUUUACCGACAACUUCGCUGGCACGAUGGAGCUCAUGGAAUUGCGAUCGCAGGAAGGUAUCCUGGGUGGUAAUCUUGAUACUGCAUUAUCCAAGUCUCAGCCGCAGGUUCUUCAAGCGUGGGCGGACUUGAUGUACGAGAAGUAUUCUACUGGAGAGGAACAUCUGGGAUGUGCGGAUCAUUUGAUUGCUGUUUUAAAGAAGAGAAGCUAAGCUGCUAGAUCUUCUAUAUACCCAAACUAUUAUUA